CACGUCCCAUCACGCGACAGGUGACGUAUCCACAAUGACGUCAUCAACCGGAAACGAAUAUGAAGACUUAAAAUCGGUAUUGGCUUCACGUUGCCAUAGUCUUUCCACAAUGGAAAGAGAAAUAUUCAAUACAAACGAGAGUCGUUUUUCUGAGGUUAACUGUUACGAUUUCUUGAUGGUGCAAGUUGUCACUCGACAUGGCGACAGAGCACCAAUUCAUGACACACCUCUCACUCGAAUUAAAGAUUUUCUCUGUCCUAGAGGUCGUCAAAAAUAUUUUUCGUCUAAUUAUUAUGACAAAUGUGAUAACGGACAACUAACUUGGACCGGAUGCCGACAGUUUCACUUGCUUGGACGACAUCUUCUUCAAACAUACUUUGUCAACAUGGAAGGGUCCGAGAUAGAGGAGAAGAUGCGUCUGUUGACCACACGAACUCAAAGGACGGAAAUGUCAGGACUCUGUUUGACUGCUGGUCUGCUGGGUGGCAUGAGCAGCCACCAGGUCAUGAAUGUCAACAGUGGCCCAAUGUUCUACGACAAUCCAAUUUCGCAUACAGACUAUGUGAAGGUCUGUCCAUUUCGAGACAGACAGUGGGUUCAAAUACGAAAGCAGACUGAUUAUCAACGUGCCAAGAUAAAGUGGGAGUCGGCCGUCAACAAAGGAAAUACGUUUUUGUCAAGAGUUGGAAAUGAGAGUAUUUCCAAUAUUGCUCGAUUUUAUGAUGCCAUAGUGUGUCACUUUUGUCAUUUGUAUUCCAAUGGAAUUUCGACCAGCAUAACUCCUUGUAUCGACGACAUGUGUAUGUCACCUUCUCUUGCAAUGAAGCUUGUCAAAGCAACAGAUACAUUCAAUCACUAUUACAACAAUCAGAAUAUAUCAAUUAUCAACGCCCAACCACUUCUUGCUCAGAUCGUGUCUGAGAUGGAAAAGUGGGUGAAAGGAGCGGGCAGCAGGGUACUGAUUCAUUACUCUGGUCAUGACUCAACUGUGAAUGCACUACUUUCAGCACUAGACGUCGCCAUUAGGCAACGACCAUCAUAUGCAACUAGACUUGUGUUUGAACUUUGGCGAGCCAAAGAAGAAAGAAAACGUCGUAACUACAUGGUCAGAGUGCUGCUCAACGGUCAAUUACUAGAGUCAUCUGUUGUUGGCAAAGAGAUGGCGUUCAGAAAUUUUAGAGCUACUAUGUUAUCUGGGUAUUUGAGAGAUUCCAAAUCACAUAGAAAUGCUUGUUUACACGGCAUCUGGUAACUUCGACUUAUACACAAAAACUUACAUUGGAAGCUGCUAUGCAUAACU